AUGAAGAUACAAAAAAGGCGAUCGACAACGCAAGAAAAGAGUUGCCACUUUCCGCAUUGGGCAGUCAUUGUUGUAUUGGUGACUCUUCUUAUUCGUUCCGAGUUCGAAAAACGAAACGCUGCUUUAGAAGACAAGAGCCGCUCGCUCACGCAGAGCCCAACAUGUAAUUGUCCACAGCAUGAACCUACGACGCAAAUUGCACACACAUCAGAUGAAAAGACUGGCUUUCAUCCUGUUUAUGUCUAUCAUGGCCCAAACGAUUCUCUAGAUUCCCUGAAAACAAAUUUCAAGGACAUCCGACUGCACCAUUUCGGAAGCCAGGUUCAUCAAGAUGUGAUUGUUCUGGCAAUUUCAAAAGAACUCGAUUCCAAGCUUGGGAAAAGUAACGAUGCCCCGCAUUUCUUUGUUGAUUUGGCUGCUAACGACGCUGUGGAUCUUUCUAAUACGCUGCGGUUGGAAGAAGACGGUGGAUGGAAUGGACUAUGUAUCGAACCAAACCCAAUGUAUUGGUUUCGACUUGCUCAUAGAAAAUGUGCUGUCGCCGGAACUUUUGUUGGAGGUAAUAUAGAUGGCACUCUUGUCGACGUUACUCUUGGAAAUGGACACAUGGGAGGGAUUAUUGGGUUGGACAACAAGGCCGACCAGGAUACACACAUCGAGAAAAGGUACACAAUCAGCAUAAAGUCUCUGUUUGAGAAUUUUGGCGUUCCGAGCAAUAUAGAUUACAUGUCCUUCGAUGUCGAGGGAGCUGAGGCUUUGAUUUUGAAAGAUUUUCCAUUCGAUGCAUACAAUAUCAACAUUGUCACGGUAGAACGACCUACCCUCGAGGUCCAAGGUAUGUUGCGAUCCAAUGGCUAUCAUUUCGUAGUCAUGCUGAUUUCGUUUGGGGAGACACUUUGGGUCCACGAAAGUGUGCUAAAAAUCUUGAGUCAGGAAAAACUUGUCGAGAUUGUCAAAAGCAAUCAUCAGAUUACAGUUCAAAAGAGAGGAAUGGUUUUCAGUAUGGAAAAGGGGGACUACGUGCCUGCUUGA